CCCCUCCGUCGGAACUGUAUUCCUACCCAAGCGCUGCUAAACAUCGUUGUUGACAUUUGUUACGCUACUUCAGCGUUUUAUCAAAGUUAAUCUGCGCAAUGACGAGGCCCACAAAACGCAUGCCAUAGAAUUACCACCAUGACUAGGUUUGUAAGCAGCUAAUUUAUUUUUGAACUACUCUGGUUAGGGAUAAUUUCCCACCCAGGGCUACUACUCGAAAGGCUAAGCUAGCUAAGUGGCUAGAGUUGUAACCUAGUCAUAACAAAAGAAAACUGGCAUUGUAGAAGUUUUAACCGAUCGCAACAAAUGUCUACAAGCACCAAAAUGUCCCUGCCAGCUGAGUGGGAUGACGACGAGCGGAUGAAUUUUCUUUUCUCUGAGUUUAAGGAGAACAGGGAAGUGAACACCUUGGACUGGGACAGCAAGAUGGACUUUUGGACAUCUCUAAUCACGAAGAGCUGUAGGAGCAGGGGGUCAGUCUGUGUCAACCUGCAAGACCUCAACAAAACCUUCAGGAGGAAAGAGAAAUGUCCACUUGGUCUGCCUACAGUCCUCCAGUCGAUGGCCAGGAGUGGGAAGCUUCAGAGGGAGUCAGAGUUUGCUGCCAGUGUGGACAGUGGCUGGCUGUCAUGGGGCAUGGGGCUUUUGUUAGUGAAGCCACUCAAAUGGACCUUCUCAACUCUUCUGGGAAGCAGCCGUGUGCCUUUAGAGGAAUCGUUUGUUGUCAUUGAACUAGUUAAGGAGAAAGCGUCUGAAUUACUUAAAGCAUAUCGCAGCAGUGAGCUUUCGAACUCUUCAGUUCUCUCAUUUCAAGAGCUGUGUACCCUCUCAGCUGACAUAUGUGCUGAUGAGAGCACCCUCUGCAUGGCUCUAUUGCAGCUGCAGAGGGACAAACAAGUGAUAGUCUCAAUCCAUGAAGGAGAGAAGAUUGUUAAAUUCAGUCAGCCUGGACAAGAUCGAGUGUCUCCGGUCAAUGAUGUAGACAUUGGCAUCCACCAGCUCCAGCGCAGUGAGAAGCUUCUUGGGGAGCGGGUGGAAAAAUUGGGCGUUGAGGCUGAGAAAUGCAAAGAUGAAGCAAGGCUUCUACUUCGGGAAGGAAAAAAAUCUCAGGCACUAAGAUGUCUGAGAGGACGCAAGAGAGUGGAGAAAAAGGCUGACACUUUAUUUGCCAAACUAGAGAUAAUCAGAGGGAUCCUGGACAGAAUAGCUCAGUCACAGACUGAUAAAAUGGUCAUACAAGCCUAUCAGGCUGGCGUGUCGGCUCUGAGAUUAUCUCUGAAGGAUGUGACUGUAGAGCGAGCUGAGAACCUGGUGGAUCAAAUCCAGGAGUUAUGUGACACCCAAGAUGAAGUGAACCAAACUCUCUCUAGUGGCGUGGUUGGGGCAGAUGAUAUGGAUAUGGAUGCUCUAGAGGAGGAGCUUAAGUCUUUGUUGGACGAUACACAGCCUGAUACAGCCCCAGUGUUACCUAAAGUCCCCUCAGACCGACUGCCCCAGAACACACCGGGGUCGGACCUCCUCAGCUCUCUGCCUGCAGUGCCUCAAGGCCCCCUGACCAUCACUGAUGAGCAGCUAGAAGAGGAGCUCAACAAUCUGACCCUCACUGAAUCAGGUUUACAACAAAUGAAAACUUCACCUGCCCAAAGAUUUGAGCUUGCACAGUAGCAAAUGGAGAACAGAUCCGUUUCAGCAAAAUAAGCAUAAGCAACUGAGCAAGUAGGAAUGUUUACAACAGGGUCAAAAUGUUGGUAAUAAAAACAAGGCACACAUCAGGAAAAUAACCAUGCUUGUAUGGAGAAGGCACACCAAAACGCAUUUUAAAAUUAUAUUUAACCAAGCUAAAUGUAGCUAUUUUAAACAUGCUUUUGGUGCCUUUAUUGAAAUGUUUUAGUUUCGGUCUUGCUGCUCUUGUCAAAUUGUGGUUGUGUUUUUUUGAUGUUGUACAUGAUGUUUGUACAUGUAUUUGUCAGUAAUGCAUAUUGAGUGGCCUUAUAACUGUAAAUGUGAAAGAAAAGCACAUCAAAUAUGCCAAAUAGGAUUUAUUGUAACUAUGACUAUUGAGUGCCAUUGCCCCUCACCUCUGGAGUGGGAUGCUUGCCUAUCCAAAUGUCUAUCAAAAUAAAAAUGAUUUCAGUCAUUA